UAUAUCAGAGACUCAUUAGAGAAAGGAAGUAGAACUUGUUUUUAACAGCGAUGCUGACUUUUUAUGGAGAAAAGAAUAUACUAGUUUCAGUUAUUUUUUGUAGUAUGACAGGACGGGCAUUAAGUCUGAAAGUAUCUGUCUGUCUUGCUCUUCGAGGUAUACACUAACAUAAUAAUGUUACUUUAAAGCUCAUAAACGUGUUUUUAAGUAUUAUAUACACUACGUGUGUGUAACUCAUAUUAUCUAAUAUGUGUUUACCAAACUCUAAAAGAGAAACAAAUGGUUCUGAGAAAGAAAAUGAGAAGAAGAUUCAGUGUCAGAUGCAUACACUCAGAGAAAAAAGAAAGAAAAGAAAUUCAAAGUUUUCGCAGUAAAGGUGCAAAUAUAAGACUUGAGAAGAAACAGUAUAGAGCUGAUCAAGAAACAACCCAGACAGAAAUGAGUGCUGAAAUCAAAGAUCUGUCAUCAGGGCGUUCAACGAAUAUUGAAACUGAAUACAGAAAAUAUGACAAGGACAAAAUGGACAGUGAUUGCGAUGAAGCUGUUGAUACCAAAAAAUGUCCUGCAAUGAAAAUCAAUAAAAAAGCAGAAGACCUUAAACCGAACGCAUAUAUAGAUGUUUCAGAGGCGGAUAUAAAUGUGUUUAUUGAAAUACACUUAAGCGUUAUGGUCUUUUAUGUGACAUUUAAAAAGUGUAUAGAUUUCGGCACAGAUGUAGAGCAAUUGCAUAAAGAAAGCCCUGCAAAAAGAGUAAGAGAACUUGAUCGCACAAACAGGGACAAACUUGAAGGAGGUAAAACUGAAAACACAACUUAUGCUGCUGAAGAAAAGUUAAUGAAUCAUGUUAAGAGAAAAGAAACACGUUCUAGUGAGGAUAGGGACAACAAUGAUCAGCUGAGCUCAGCAGGAUCAGCCACUCUGUAUGACUUAUACAAGUUGUUUUGUUCACGUACGUUUUUAGUUGAAGAUCUAAUUAAGCCAAAUGAAAAUGUCUUUGGCAAAACUUCAUUUAUUCACCCUUUAAAGAUUGCUUCCUUAAAGCUCCCAGUGAACAGGCCAGCAUAUCUGCCUGUUUUUGCAAUCGCCUUUAAAGGAGGAUCAAGGAUAAUACACGCAUUUGAAGACUAUAAAAAUCAGAUUAUAAAACGUAUUCUCCAAACGCAUGAUAGGAGAGAAACGUAUUUAGGAGAUGAGCAUUUUAGACUUGCUACAUUCAGUCUGUCUGUGUUUAAUUACGAACUGGGUGAAAUAAUCAGGCUAGCUGGUAGUGGAUUCUUUUGUGAUGCUGAUGGAAGCGUCAAGUGCUUUUGCUGCAGAAAUAUAUAUAGGUCUGAACUGUUAAGCAGCCACCAUCCAGAUUGUGCCUCACGUACCUCGGAUAGACAUGCCGGUAGAUCUAUUGCAGAUCACUACGGUGAGUCUGCUCCUGGCAGGCUUGUGCCUUCUGGACAAAACGUACAAGAGGAGUAUAGGACCCAAGCCUUUAUUGAUAUUCAUAUACGAUUGACGACCUACAGACUUGGGGGAACUCAGCAGUUCGUUCAAGAUGAUGCACUGGCGCAAGAGAACGAGCUAAGUACGUUGUUUUGUAAAAAGAAAACAUGA